AUGAAACUGUCAAUAUUCCUUAUCACUAUUCUCAUUGCACAAACUUUGGGUGUCUUUGAUCCAAGAAAACCAUCAAAAUACGGCGUGAAAGAUGACACUAAAAACAGUCCGGUUAAUGGAAAUAAUGAUAAUAAACAAAAAAAAGACAAACCUAUUGAAGACAACCAACCACCUUCAGACGUAGAAGAAAUUAAUUCAAAAUACAGAGAGCCAAUAGGUGGAAAAGAACAUAAAGUAAUGGAUAUGUUACUGGAGGAAAAUAAAUUAUUCCAUAUUACUCCAAAAAUUAGAUGGACUCAAAGUACAUCAGGGCAUUCUCCUAUUCUUGCCAGUCCGGUCGUUACAGAUUAUAAUCAUGAUGGAAGAAAGGAAGUACUUAUUCCAACGCAAUCCCAUUAUAUUGAAUCAAUAGAUAUUAAUACUGGAACUAAAAUACCAGGGUUCCCAGUUAUUAUUGAAGAUAGCGGAUUUAUUACUCAAGCCAUUCCUUACCAAGAAGAAUCUGAAGAAUACUCUAUUGUAUCUGCAUCAAAUGGAUUUAUCUAUUUCAUAAAUAAAAAUGGUGAGUACAAUACAAGUAAAACUAUUAAAAUACCUCCAGUUUAUGUUCCAGCAAAUUGGAACGAUGGAUUAGAAACUGACAAGAAGUGUGUGAUUGAAAAAUUAAAUAAACAAGUUAUUUCACCUGGAUUUAGUGAAGAGUUAUUUAACAACAAAGUAGAGAUAGAAAAACGAUGGAAGAAUAUGAAAGAAAGACAUUCACAACACUACAAAGAUGUUAAAUACAAUGGGGAAGAAUAUAAAAACGAUCCAUUUUUCCAAAGAGAGUUAACUAAAGAAGGACAAAGAUCGUUAGCAGAAUUGUUCCAUAAUACAAAACAACAGAAAGACGAGAUAGAUGAUCAUAUAAAUUGUUAUCAUGCAGCUAUUUAUGAUAAUUAUGCGGGAAAGAUGGAGAUUUUAGUUAUGCGCGAUUGA